AUGAUUUCUAUGCUGACCGUGAUGUUGUUAACGUGGCAGCUUGUUGUUGGCAUUGAAAUGCAGACGGAUGUCGUUUAUCUGACGGAAGGCAACAACAAGGACAUAACUGGCAAUUCCUAUGGUAACAAUAUGCUGCGAAUCUUUUGCUACGUGAGCAAGGCAUCAACGCUACUGAGUCUCUUCGAAACCAACGAAUUCCGGCUUCUCAUAGAGAGCGAGGACUUUCAGCAGUACGACGGAUACAGCCCGGACCAAGUCAGGCGGCAUUACGGUGAGAAGCGUUCGCUAUUGAGUCUCAUGUUCUAUCUGCGCAAUCGCAAGGUGAUACAACUAUCGCCAUUCGAGACACGCUGCAUUGGCAUUGUAUCCAGGCAGCCCUACAAUGUCAGCUUGCAACAUAUGGCUUUCGAUCGAUGGCGUCUGCUGCAGCUCAGCUUGGGCCUGCUCAUCAUUUGGAACGCUGCUCAGCUGGCCAGAAAGAGCGCCUUCUACUAUCUGCUGUGCAUGUUGCUGGGCAUUUGUGCUGGCAUCGUGCUGUUGAGUUGGUACAUAAAGCGUCUGCUGCCGAAGCAUUCCUUGGUGAUUGGAGCACUGCUUGGCAGCUGGAGCUUAGGUCUGUAUAUACUCAGGCAGCUGGCCAACAACUAUAGCAUCAUAUUGCAGUCGUAUCGCAACUAUCUGCUCGGCUAUGUGCUGCUGACUGGAUCUAUAUCAUUACUGCUUUGCUAUCGCUUUGGCACGCCGAAACAUCCACGCACGCAGCAGAUCAUCGGCUGGCUGCUGCAGGCUCUGGGCUGCCUAAUUGUUUACCUGAGCAGCUGGCAUACUCAUGCCUGCAUCAUCAUUAUGGUGCUCAGCAUAUUGGCUUAUUACUUUACGGACAGUCUGUUAUGGUGGAGCAAACUUUUCUAUAGAUGCAAGUUUACCAGACCGCGCCGCCUGCUUACCAAGCGAGAGUGUUUUGAGCAGAUGGUGACUGAGACUUCGCAGGCGCUGGUCAAGCUACGCGAGCAUGUCAACAGUCCGGACUGCAAAGGGUGGCACUUGAUGACGACUUUGCGCAAUCCGAGUCGCUUUGCAGGCUUUGCCACUGGCGAUCCGCAUUUGUACGAUGAGGAAAUUGAAGACUAUUCACGUGCGAUAGAUCAAUGUGCGGCGGAGUGCGAUAAGGACGCGGAGUCCUAUAUGGAGUUCAACAUGCACUACAGGCCAGAGAAUCGCGACUAA